CCUUGGCGAAUGAGCAUACCGGAUUAGGACUAGCUCAUCACCAUGUGCUUAUUCGAUUGUGAUGAAUAACCAGCUUGGAUCGGACAAACAGAAGGACGAAUGGUUAUGUAUAAAUACUUUCUCGUCGUUGACGACGAAAAGAACACCAAGCAUUCCAUUUCGCUGCAACAAACAGCUCAUUGAGAAACCAAACAAGAACCACAAGUCAAGAAGCGCCAUAUAACGCACCCUUCAUUCCAAUACCCAAAACACGACCUAUUUCCGCCAUGUCAUCCUCAAAGCUCAUCGUUAUUGUUGGUGCCACUGGCAAUCAAGGUGGUUCUGUUGCGACCACUUUUCUAAAGGAACCAGGCUGGAAAGUCCGAGCCCUGACUCGAGACGCCUCCAGCGCCAAGUCUCAGGCUCUAGCAGCCCGAGGCGCAGAGGUUGUUGAAGCCAAUAUCGAUGCACCGGAAUCCCUGUCAGCAGCGUUUGUGGAUGCGAAUGCCAUCUUCGCUGUGAGUGACUACUGGGGCCAAUACUUUGAUCCUAGCAACCAGAACAAAGCAAAGCCAGGCCAGGGUCUAAAUGCCUGGGUGGGUGAGCAUGAAACGCAACAGUUGAAGAAUCAAAUCGACGCAGCCGCCAAAGUUCCAACUCUGGAGCGAUUCAUCCUCUCCUCCCUUUCGGACGCCACGAAAUGGUCAAAGGGAAAAUAUACCCAUGUCUACCACUUUGACUCAAAAGCCAAGGCUGAAGUGUAUGGCAAGCAAACAUACCCUGAUCUCUGGGCAAAGACCAGCAUUUAUCAAGCAGGUAUCUUUCUGAGUAACUUCUUUGCUGGCGGCCUGAGCACUCCUAUCAAGAACUCUGAUGGACUAGUUCAAUUUAUCGGACUUCUAGAGGCAGAUGUCAAAUUUCCGUAUGUUGCCGCAGAGGAAGACACUGGACCUUUGGUCAAAGCUCUUGUACAAGAGUCCGCUGGAAAGAAUCUCAUUGGCUACCGAGAAUGGCUCACCCCUCGAGAGAUUGCGUCAUCUUUCACAAAGGCUACAGGGCUAAAGGCAGAGGUUGUUACUCUGCCGAAAGGAUCUUUCCCCCCAUCCAUGUCAGCCGAAAUGAAGCAAUCACUUGGGGACAACACGGGCUAUUGGAACGAGUUCGGUUACGAGGGUAGAGAAGACCCUACAGUUAUCCAUCCCCGAGACUUGAAAUCACCACCGUCUCUCGAAACGUCGGAGGACUACUUCAAGAAGUACGACUGGACGAAGGUCUUCAGUUCUUGAGAAGCACUAUAAAAUCUCACUGCCUGUAUCUGUAGACAAUGUAGCACAGGCUUCAACCGCUUAAUACAGCGCUGUUCCAAUACCUAGUGCAUCA